AUGGAAGUACUAAAGAAUAUUAGAGUUUAUCCACUGUCAAAUUUCAUCACGUCAUCCAAAACUUAUAUAAAGUUACCAAAUGAACUAAGAAACCUAACCACCAAAGAGCAGGAGGACCAACUGGGGUUUUUACACAUCAUUGAAAACGACUUCAAACCUUCCGCACUGCUGCAAAAGCUGGUUGAUUAUACUGCGGACGAGGGCAAAAUCUUGAUCAUAGAUAUAGUAUCCUUAUGGUCCCAACAAAAGCAAAGGCAACCAGGCGCGAUAUAUAUGAAUUCAUUGUCGUGUAUAAAUAUCACUGGGUUGAUCGCAUUCCUGGAGCUAUUGUAUGACUCCCCCAUGGAUGCACUGAGAAGAUGUCAAGUUGAUCGAUUCGACUUUCAACUACGAGGGAUAGUGAUCGACAAUUUAUCGUUCUUGAAUUUUGAAAACGACAAUAACUACAACGUAAUAAAUUUAUCAAAAUUUGAAAAGUUGUUCAAGAUUCUGCGAAAGCUGAGGGAAUUCUUGGGCUGCUGGAUCAUCACCAAGAGCUUCCCCAUGGAAUUCUACAAUGGCAUCGAAAAUUCCCUAGUAGAUAAAUGGUCAAUCAAGAGGAAAGGCGGCGUUGCACAGUACCCCACAAGACUGCCUGAGUCGUAUAUGAAAGGUAUGGAUUUGGUAGUUUGCAAAGAAGUUGCCAACGGCAAGGCACAGUACGCACGUGUAGGUGCGGUUGAGAAAUGA